AUGGCCGGUAACAUGCUAAAAGGUGCACCCUUCGGGGAUGCGCCGUCUAUACCGAGUCGAGCCGAGUCGCAAUACAAUCCACUGCACACAUUUGAGCUCCCAAAGGGCACCGAAAAGAACUAUGCACACCAAUUCGCCGAUAUGUAUUUCCUGCGGCUGGCGCAGCUGAAGAAGGCUGUAAAGCAGAAGGCGCACGAUGCGUGGGAUGACUUCGAGCUGGGAGGGGAAAAGACCACAUUCGUCGAGCGUGUGCUUGACGUACGGCAAGGCGAGCUGUGCUGGAUCGUCGGCACGGUGUACAUGGAGAUGGCGCUGAAACCCAACGUCCUGGACGAUAUAUCGAAAGAGCAUUGGAUCGCCGCACCGCCCCCGCGCGAGACCUACGUAUCCGGUGGACAAGACGAGAUGAUGCUGGAGGACGAGUCUGGUCGCCUGCGCGUUACCGGUGAGAGUCUGAGCUCGACAUACGUGACGGGCUGUGUACUUGCAGCGCUUGGGACAGAACAAGCAGACGGCACAUUCCAAGUCAUUGCGACACAAUACGCGGACCUUCCGCGGCAGCCUGAGCGGUGGGAGCGCGACGACGCCGCCCUAACACAGGCAAAGAAGCCAAAGCCAACCCGAGGGAAAGCUGGGAAAAUAGCGAUCGUGUCUGGGUUAGAGAUCACAGGAACAGACGACGACGAGCUGUCACUCGAUCUGCUGCUCGAAUAUCUCGCUGGCGAAGCGACGGGGCCACCAACCCAGACUUUAACGAGCUCGAUAUCGCGCCUCAUAAUAGCCGGCGACUCGCUGUCACACGCAAGCCCAAUCCUUUCACGAGAAGACUUCGCCGAGAAGAAGAGCAAAAAGCACGCUUACGGCUACGACGCCUCAUCAUACAACGCCUCGCCUGCCGAACGCCUCGACGAAUUCCUCUCAGACCUCCUCCCCACUCUCCCCAUCACCCUCCUACCCGGCGCAAACGAUCCCGCCAACGUCGCCCUCCCCCAACAACCCCUCCACCCAGCCCUCUUUCCUAAGAGCAGACUCUACGCCGAACCUCCCGCGAAAACAAACGAGACAAUUCACGGACUAGACGCGGUAACGAACCCAUGGGAUGGCGACAUAGAAGGCUACCGCGUGCUCGGUACAGGCGGCCAAACAGUAGCCGACCUACUGAAAUACGUGGACGAUGUCGAUGCGCUGGAGGUCAUGGAGAUGAUGCUUAGGUGGCGUUGUAUCGCUCCUACAGCGCCUGACACGCUAUGGUGCUAUCCAUUCCAGGAUGAGGAUCCCCUGUUGCUGAAGGAUUGUCCGCAUGUGUAUUUUGCCGGGUGCCAGGAGAAGUUUGGGAAGAAGGUCAUUGAGGGGCCAGCGGGGCAGAGUGUGUUGCUUGUUAGCGUACCCAGGUUUAGAGAGACUGGACAGGUGGUGCUACUGGAUCUGGAGACCAGUGAGGUUGAGGUUGUGGAGAUUGGAGUUGUGCAGCCUGGGUCAUAGGAAGUCUCCUCCGCUCGGUGAAUGAGGUACAACACCUUCAGGCUAUACUUGAGCAAGAGGAGAAG